ACUCAUUUCAUGCCUGGAACUGUCUAAAGCACACUGAACUCAGACCGAUUUGAACAUACACGAACGUGGUGGGCGUCUGCGUUGCUCUCGGUAUUGCUGUGCAAACCCAUAUUUUAUUGUUUUAUUUUAUUGAUAUAUUUUUGUUUUUGCGUUUGCCUGAGAAGAAGGAAAAUGCAUGUUGCCUCGGUACUCAUUGUGAAAAUGGCUAUCGCCUUCUUUCAGGGGUGCAGAUCUGCUCCGACCUGUGGACCUGAAAAAUACCUCGAUAAAAACAAGUGCUGUGAAAUGUGUCCAAAGGGUGAGAAGAGAGUGUCUGGAUGUGAAAUCCCAGUAUGUGAACCUUGUCCGGAUGGCGAGUAUAUGUCAGAAUCCAAUCCCAAGACAUCCUGCAUUGUGAAGUCAUACUGUGAUCCAAAUCUUAACUUUGUUUACAAGUCUCCUGGGAGCCGUUUUGAAAAUUCACAGUGUAUGUGCAAAGAAGGGACCCAUUGCUCCAGUGAGGACUGUAACACAUGCAAUGCAAACACAGAAUGUGAAAAAGGACAUGGAGUCAAAGCAGCAGCUACUGAGCAGAAAGACACUGAGUGUGAGGCAUGCCCUAAGAACUACUACUCCAACAUCACUUCAGCAAAAGAGCCCUGCAUCCCGUGGACAUCGUGUGCGCCAGGACUCAUUGUGAAAACAGAAGGCACCGCAAUUUCUGAUGUCGUGUGUGGUCCUGUUGAACGAGAUGGGAGAUUUACCAUGGCAGUCUGGAUUACAGUGGGGGUUCUUGCAGUUCUGGUAGCUGUGGGUUUUGCUGUUUACACACAAAGAGCAAAGCUGACGGAGCACUGCAAAAAGCAUAAAGGACAAUGCCACACUGUGCCAGCACCGGCUAAGGAGGUCAACAACCCUGUAGAGAUGGAUGACCAGCAGCUUCUCCAGGAACCAGAACCCAAGAGUCCCACUGAGGAAACUCUGUCCGACGGGAAAAGGCUGGUGACCCAAGAGGUGGGGAAGGACUCCCACAUGCCAGAGCAAGAUUCACAAGACUCCCGCUUCUGAGAAGAAGCCAGCAGACAAGCGGCUGUGAGAUGGAGAGAACACUAGCCCUGGACUGCACGCAUCAAUUCAUUACACCUGUGUCCUGUAAAGAUUACAGCUUUGUGUAGCGUAUAAGACAAUUGCAUCUCUGCACAGCAGUAAAUCACUGUGGAUCAUAAAACAGGAGGGCUGGAGCAUUAAAUGUUUAUGUUGUGUGUUCAUUUAUUUUUUUUAUUUGCCCGUAUUAUUUGUGUCUUAAUUUCAACACUGGUCAGAGCAGGCGAAGCUCCCCUAUACCUUGCAGUACCAUAAAAAAUGAGAGCAUUCACAAAUGAGAGGAGGCCGUUCAGCCCAUGUAAGCUUUUUGAUCUCACAACUUUGUCAAGAUGAGUCUUAGUGAUUCAGCAUCAACAUGACUAGGUAACUUUUUCCAUCCCCCUCACCACUCUGAAGAAGUGUCUCCUUCCUUUGUACUAAGUCAGUGGAGCUAACAGGCAAGGCAGCUACAAUAGGAUGAGACUGCUCUGUGUAGAAAGUAACAAAGUGUUAGCAUUAACAUCCAUACUGCUGGUAAUCCAUCACUACCAUUAUACUAGGAUUAGUAUACCAGGACUAGACAACGUGCUACUGAAUCAUCAGGACCACAGGGCAAUGUCUGAUCCAAAUUCAUUGGCUUUCAAAAGUUUAAAACAUUUUCAGUAUAUUAAAAACUUUCAAUAAUCUUCAUAAGAAAGCAGUUUGCAGCAAUAUAACUUUUUUUAAAACACCGUUCAUGAAGAAAUGUCUUUUUAAAAAAAAAAAAAAAGUCUUAUAUUGGACAGUAGGUUUCCUGUUUGAUAUUGUGAUGUUCUCCAAAAGGAUGCUGUCCUUUAUUAAAUGUAUAUAUGUACUUAAUAAUAAAACAUUAGUCAUGCAUGUUGUUAAAAGUAUGUAUUUGUUCACAAUAUUUAGUCAUUUGCAAUAGUUUGGGGUUUUCUGUCUAGGUAUGUAAUUUAUUACCAAUUUAGAGUAAAACUCAAGGAGACACUUGAAGAUGGCACAAAAUUAAAUGAGUGAAAUACUGUAUUUGUUCAGUAAUGACUUUUUUGCCAGCAUUGAUUUUGCCCAGGGCUGCUUUUUUCCAGUUUU